AUGGACGAAUUUGAUUUUGAUGGCCUUGGAGAUUCGAUUUUGGAUCGUAUUAUAAAUUUACAAGUUAUUGGUACGGGUAUUCGAGGACCAUUAGAAUUGAUUCCAGCAAAUAUUUGCCGUUUGAAAGGACUCAAACAUUUGAAUUUAUCUAACAAUCAAAUUCGUGUUGCGUCAUUCAAUUUUACUCCAUUGUGUUCAUCUGAAUUAGAAAGUCUUGAUUUGAGCAAUAAUUUUAUUAGUGAAGUUCCUAUUCAAUGGAUUUCUCAAUUACCUUCACUUAAAUCGAUUAAUUUAUCAAACAAUAAUUUAACUUCUAUACCGUAUUCUAUGUUCAGUAACAUUGGGAAUAUUGAAAAUUUCGAUGCUUCUUCAAAUCGUUUAACAACAUUUGAAUUAUGGUUAAUACAAAUAAAAAAAUUAGUUAAUUUUUCAAAUAAUCCAAUCACUCAUUUUACGAAUGUCGAUGAAGUUGAUCUUUCACAUUAUCAGUCUAACAUUACUGAACAAAUUCUUCUCAAGAAUAUGGGAACUAAAAUUGCAGUUUAUGAUAAUAUCUUUGAAAUGUACAAUCGAUGUACGGAAAUCAAUUCAAAUUCAACAAAACUCCUAAUGGAAACUAUCCGAAGAAUGAAUGACGCUAAUGGUGAUUCGCUUCUUUGGGAUUGUUCGUGUGAACGCUAUUAUCUACAAGAAUAUGUUGUAUCCAUUGUGCCCGGUAACGAUUUCUCACAUUGGAUGUGCCACGCAGGAGAUAAUUUGACUUAUACUCAAAAGUGUAACAAUCAAUCAUCAUUCGAUUUUGAAAGUAGUGAACCACGCUUAUGUUCCAUUAAGAAUCAAAACCAUUUUCAUGCGAAUUUUCUAUCGAACAUAUCCGACUUGGGAACAAUAUCAGAGAAAAUAUAUGACAAAUUAUUAACACUCAAUGAAUCCGAUGAUCAAACAGCCAUCAAUCAUUUUGCUAAACUAAUCGACUAUUCCAAUACGCAUUUAAGUGAAAUAUCCGUUCAAACCGUUACUGAAACUAUACAAAAUAAUUUUCAAAACAUUGUUCGUUUUAUUGAAAAUUUUCUUCAAUCAAUUGAUACCUUACAAAAUAUUAGUUUCAAUUCCGUUGGCAUUCUAAGUGUGCCAAAAAACCGUCCGGUCAAUUCCUAUUCUCGAAUCGUAGAAACAAGCAUCUCUGUUGAUCUGGUAUCAAUUCAAAACUUAUCCGAAACACAUAUUUAUAUAUUUUAUGAUCUUCCAUCGUCAUUUUUUCUCUAUGCACAAAAGGAUCAAAAUAUAAUUAUCGUUUCGCCCAUUGUUGGUAUACAUUUGCCCAGCAACGUUCCACGUUCAAUCAAUAUAUCAUUCAUUGGUACGUUAUCUAUUCCUACAAAACGAUCCGGAAAGUAUUCCUGCGUAUUUUGGCAACAUCAUAAAUGGAAUGACAGCGGUUGUACUCAUUCUGCAGAUUACAACUCAAAUCGGCAUUCUUGCUUUUGCAAUCAUGCAACAUCGUUCGCAUUAAUAUUCAUUCCACAUCAGACAACGUCUCAUACUUCCAUACCAGCUAUUGUUAUAGCUAUAGUUUCAAUAGUAUGUUUUUCUAUAUCAAUAAUUCUUUCAAUAAAUCGACAAGCAGAAUCAUUUCGUCAUAUAUCCAUCGCAAAUAUAUUUACGUUAUCGAAUUCAAUAGUUUUGUUUACAUUAUUAACUACUAUUAUUAUUCAUAGUUACCAAUCAUCAAGUACAAAACCAAUAGUCGAAGAUAGAUGCUCCACAUUAUCAGAAAAUCUAGCUAUUGCAACUUAUUUUUUUCUCAUAUUAACAUUUGCAAGUAAAACUUUACUUGGUAUCGACUAUUUUUUAACAAUAUUUUUUCAUUUUAUCUCCGUUGAAUUUAAAACAAUAUCGAAUGGAUGGUUUUAUGGAAGUUUUUUGCUUGCGAUCGCUUUUGCUCUUAUACCCACAGUCAUCAUUGUUGUGGCGAAACAUCAGUGGACAAAUUUAUUUAACCAAUAUGAUGGUGUAUGUUGGUUUCAUAAGCCAUUUAUUUUCCGAUUUGUUUCGAUACCAAUACUGAUUUUUAUUGGUUUAAAUGUAUUAAUUAUUGUUGGAAUAACUAUUCGUAUAUUGCAGUUUUUGAUGAAACGCGAAACGUUAAAGAAAACUCAAAAGCGCAUGACUAUUUCAAUAAUGAUAUGGAUUACAUUAUGCAUGUCAUUGGGUAUUACUUGGAUAUUUGGACCAUUUUUAGAUUUUAUGAUCAACGAAAAAUCUCAAUCAUCAUCCACGAUUCUACAAUCGAUUUUUGGCUUUUUCAAUGGACUUGAAGGUGUAUGGGUGUUGGCUAUAAACAUAUUUUUUUAUUUGAAUCAAAACUUGAAUAGAAAAAAUCGUCAAUUAUUUUUGAAUAAAAUUAAAAAAUAA